AUGGCGGCCCUCUACGGCAGCGAGGUCAAAUGUGUCAGCGUCGAGUGGGACUUCCUGCAGGGGCUGCUGGUGAAGAACCAGCCCGUGCCCUGCCUGCAGGCCCUGCGCAAGGAGAAGUCCCGCAAUGCCGCCCGCUCCCGCCGGGGCAAGGAGAACUUCGAGUUUUACGAGCUCGCCAAGAUGCUGCCGCUGCCCGGAGCCAUCACCAGCCAGCUGGACAAGGCCUCCAUCGUGCGCCUGACCAUCAGCUACCUCAAGAUGCGCGACUUCGCCAGCCACGGCGACCCCCCCUGGGGCCUGCGAGCCGACGGGCCUUCCCUGGCCGGCAAAGCAUCCGGCCGGAGGAGCGCAAGCGCCCUGCUGACAGAGCUCUUUGAACAGCACCUGGGGGGCCACAUCCUGCAGUCCCUGGAUGGGUUUGUGUUUGCACUGAACCAAGAGGGAAAAUUCCUUUACAUCUCUGAGACGGUGUCUAUUUACCUCGGGCUCUCGCAGGUGGAGCUGACCGGGAGCAGCAUCUUCGACUACGUCCACCCAGGAGACCACCCAGAAGUCGCCGAGCAGCUGGGCCUGAAGGCGCCCUCGGACCCCGCCCCCCACGGUCGCCAGAAAGCCCCUGGUCUGGCAGCGGCCGCCUCUUCUGGCCGCGUGGAGGCCUCCGAAGCCGAUCCCGCCGGCCCCCGGCCCGCCGAGAGCGAUGCCCUGGAGCGCUCCUUCUUCAUCCGCCUGAAGUCAACUCUCACCAAGAGGGGCCUCCACGUGAAGACGUCGGGCUACAAGGUGAUCCACGUGACGGGCCGCUUGCGCCCGCGCCUGCCGUCCUUCUCCCACGCCCACUCGGUGCUGGGCCGCGCGAUGGGGCUGGUGGCGCUGGCCCACACCCUGCCCCCCUCCACCCUCAGCGAGGUGCGCAUCGAGUGCCACAUGUUCGUCUUCCGCGUCAACAUGGACCUGCAGAUCAUGUACUGUGAGAGCAGGAUCAGUGAUUAUAUGGACUUGUGUCCCUCAGAGCUCGUUGGCAAGAGCUGUUACCGGUUCAUCCACGGCGAGGACGUGGAGGGGAUCCGGCAAAGCCACCUGGACUUGCUGAACAAGGGGCAGGUGGUGACCCAGUACUACCGCUGGCUGCAGAAGGGCGGGGGCUUCGUGUGGGUCCAGUCCUGUGCCACCAUCUCCGUGAACGUCAAGAACCCCAGCGAGAAGAACAUGGUCUGGGUGAACUACAUCCUCAGCAAGCCGGAAUACAAGAACACCGCUCUGGACGUCUUCCAGCUGCCUGGGAAACCCACGAGCUUGACGGAUGGCUCCGAUGAGGGACCGGAUUUCAAAGGUAGCGGCUUUGCCAAGGACAGCAGCCCGGUGCUCUACUCCCCCGGCAAGCCCGGCGCGCUCGCCGAGGGCUAUGCGAGGAGCGUGGUGGAGGCCAGACCCCGCUGCCAUGGGGCGGACACCGAUUCCAGCGGCCCCGAGAUGAGCUACCGGGACGAGGAGGCCUCCGAGGGAGCCGGCGGAAGCGACAUGGACGCGCCUCCGAGCAAGCGCAUCAAGCUGGAGUUCCAGCCCGAGAGCCCGCCGGGCGAGGCGAAGGGGGCUUCGCUGCCCACGUCCGAGGAGUCGGACAGCGGCAGCGAAGCGGAGCUGGGCCUCCUUCCUCAGCACAGGGCGCCCCUGGCCCAGAAGCUGAACGGUUGCAAGUCUGGCGGGCAGAGGGGCGCUGGGCUGGGCCGCCCCUGCACCUCGGAGUUCACCUCGGUCAUCCAGACCCAGAAGAGCACGGCCCUGAAGGCCAGCACGGGGCUCAGCAUCAAAUCUGAGCAGGCCCCCGGGCCCCGGGGGGUGCCCUGGACCUGCCCUGCGGCUGCUCACAAGGGCGGCCCAUACCCCGGGAGCAAAGCGCUCAGCUUGGAAAAGGCCGCCCCGAGGCCCGCCCCGCCGCACCUGUACGUCACCAUCCCGGACUCGGUGCUCACCCCUCCCGAGAUGGACGGGGGCGCGGCCAAGGGCCCCUUCCGCACCUCCCCGCGCGCCGGCCCCGCGGCCCCGUCCUCGGCGGAGACGCUCUCGCCCCCGCUCUCGGGCUCCCCCUGCGAAGAGCGGGCCGCCUCCACCCCGUUCACCCCGCUGGUCUACCCCGCGGAGAUGGAGGUGCUGCAGCGGUUCCACGCCGGCAAUGUGGUGGUGCCGCUGGUGCACCAGCUCGGCAACCCGCACGCCGGCACGGCGGGCUCCCCGGGGCUCUUCGCCACCAGCACGAUCCGCUACGCCCCGGCCGACGUGAGCCUCGCCAUGCAGGGUGGGGUGCUGCCGCCCUCCCACCCCGUCAGCCUCAUGGACCUCGGCGGGGCGGAGGCCAAGGCCUCCCGCGAACUCAUGUACCAGCACCUGCAGCGGCUGAACAUGGUGGCCCCGUUUGGGAACUCCGCCGGCCUGGCCCAGCUCUCGGGGGGAGCGUUCGCCACGACGGACUCCUUGUUUUCCACCCUGCCCUUCUCCUUGGCUGGCGGCGGGGCCCACGGCCCGCCGGCGUUGGAACACACGGAGGACUGA